GAAACUAUUAUUGAGCAGCGGCGCGAACUGUUAAAGUUUGUAUGCACAAACACACUAGACCAGUUUUGGUUGAAAAUGAUGUCAACAAGGCAUCAGUAUGAGUCAUGGCAUUGUGGACAUACUUAGACAGAAAUUAGGGGAACUUCAUAUUUCAGAUUUUUAUGGGCUUGUCAGUCCAGGCCUUACCUGCUAUUUAAACAGUGUCCUCCAGGUGCUCUUCAUGACGGAAGAAUUCAGAGACAGAAUUAAAAGAUGCGGCGAGGAUGCAACGAUUCUUGACAUACAUCUGAAGUACUUAUUCACCUCUUUGGAAAAAAAUAUGGCCAGAACACACAAAAUCACUCAGAUAUUAGGCAUUGCAAAUGUUUAUGAGCAACGAGAUGCAGCUGAAUAUUUUGAAAAGAUUUUACGUCAGACUUGUCCCCAAGCAUCUAAGAUAUUCAAAGGGGAGCUGAAUCACAUGACCAUAUGCUGCAUGUGUAAUGCCAGAAAUAAUGCACCAGACUUUUUCUGGAUCCUACCAUUGUCUAUAAAAGACCCUCAUCAAACCUAUAGAGUGGAUAAAGGUUUUGAGGAUUUUUUUAGUAAAGAAAAAGUCAGCGGAGAAAACAAAAUCUACUGUGCCCAUUGUGAUAAAAGUCAAGAUGCAAUUGUUAUGUGUGAGAUGAUGCAGCCACCAGAGGUACUGAGUCUUCUGUUGAAAAGAUUUCAUUACGACUCUGAGCUUAAGCGUAACAUCAAAGUAAAGUGUGAAGCUGAGGUGCCCCUCAUGUUAAAGAUAAAGGAUUAUACUUAUGAACUCUAUGCAAUGGUCAAACACUAUGGAAAUCUAACUGGAGGCCAUUACAUUGCGUUUAUUUACUCUUUUCAAACCAAGGAGUGGUAUGAUUUCAAUGAUGAAAGAGUUAAACUGAAGAGAAACUACAUCUCAGGAAAACCAUAUUUGAGAUCGCGCUCAUCUUAUCUUCUCAUGUACAUGAAAAGGAGCAGAAAUCCUGAAAACAUCAGUGAAAGACCAGAUGCUGAGGCUGAGGAGACACAUGCUGCUAUGGCAAAUGAAGUGAUGGAGACAAGUUGUAACAGAGAGAGUGACAUUCAAGAAAAUGACAACAUAUUACCAUAUAAAUAUAACAAGACUUGGACCACUGAAACGGCUGUGGACACUGUUAGAUUUUCCCCAUCAAAGUCACAACCAAGAACCAACAAUCACUUAAAUUCAAGUCUUAAAAGAAACCAGACAAAAAUGAAAUCCUCAAUGCGUCCGGACAGACUGCCAAAGAAAGACAUCUCCGACAGUACAAAUGUGAAAACAGCAAGCACAUUGGACAGUCAAAAGAGUGUGCAUUAUUGGACACUCCCUGAAUAUUCUCCCAAAACCAGCAAAAGAUCAGAGCUACAAAAUAAAUCACGGAAAAGAACAAACUGUAAUGUUAAACCAUGGAAAUGAUAAAAAGGAUGCAGGAUACUCAAAUCAUUUAUUUUAUUAUAUACCUGAAGUUCCCAAACCGUUCAGACUGCAACUCUCAAAAUAACAAGCCAAAAAAAACCCCACUAUCUAAAGUAUUGAAAAUCAGAUACUAAUUGAGGUGAAAACUAGAUACUCAUUUAGCAAGUAUCAGUACUAAAAAAGUCACAUUCACAGGACAGAAAUGAACCCUUCCUGAACAGCUUUAGAAUAAUCUUGAGCUGUAUCAGAACAAGCAUAAGGCCACGCAGACUAGUCUGGACCACUGUGGAAUAUACUUGGAUGCCUGAGGGAUUACACAGAUAUAGGACCACAUGGUAAUAUAAAAGAAAGUACUAUGAUUUAAUGUUGGACAUCACAUUCUGUUGUUUAAAAAAAGUAAUUUUAAUUAUCUUUGUGAUAUUGGAAUCAGUAUUGAGUAUCGAGUCUAUUACUUAGUUUCAAAAUGAAGUUUGAAAUUUUAGUAUCGUGACAACACCACUGUGAAAUGUGACUGCUGCUUGUAAUAAUUUUAAGCAGCAAAACAGAUCAGGUUCAGUAACAUUCAAUAGUUACUUUUUUGUUACUGUUCUAACAGUAGAUGUCUGUGUAAUCUCUCAGUCAUCCAGGUCUGAUCCAUAGCAAAAGACGAAAUUUAAAUCUGUCAGCUGGACAAAACGUAGGAAUGAAGACGUUUCGCUGCUCAUCCAAGUCGCUUCUUCAGUUCUGGUCAGAUUGCUAGUGGUCACUGCUUUAUAUCUAUCUGAAGUAAGGGGCUAGCUACACUGAAAAGUUUGUCUUUCGCUAUGUUCUAACAGUAACAAGUGCUAUCGAUUUUUUUUUCAUUGUAUGUAA